AUUUCUCCGGCUGGUUGCAUGUGUCCACCACAACUUACUGCCUGCUGAGUUCAGCAUAGUUUAUUUGUUUCAGAAAGAGAUGCAAGGUCCAACAAGGCACCUUUCAUAGCCAUGCAUCGAAGCUCUUGAUUGCUUUGCUACAGGGAAGGACAUUUUCAAAGCCACCGGUGGCUCCGGACAUUUUGCGGUCAAAGCAUUCAGCACCGAAGCAAAGAAAGAAGGGCUGAAGCUCGCGCAGGCAUGUCGACGCUCGCCUUCGCUGUGCGCCGGCGCGAGGCGGAGCUCGUCGGUCCUGCCGCGCCGACGCCCCGCGACACCAAGCGCCUGUCGGACCUGGACGACCAGGCCAUUCUGCGGCGCCACGAGCGGCUCAUGUUCUUCUACCGCGGCAGGUCCGGGUCACGGGCCACCAACGCCGACCCGGCGGCCGCCGUCCGCCGCGCGCUCAGCGAGGCGCUGGUCCCGUACUACCCGCUCGCGGGGCGGCUGCGGGAGGUGGAGGAGGGGCGGAAGCUCGCCGUCGACUGCACCGGCGAGGGGGUGAUGUUCGUGGAGGCCGACGCCGACGUGCGCCUGGCGGAGCUGGAGGCGGCCACGGGCGGGCUGAGGCCGCCGUUCCCGUGCGUGGACCAGCUGCUGUUCGACGUGGAAGGCAGCGGCGGCGUGCUCGGCUGCCCGCUGCUGCUCGUCCAGGUGACGCGGCUCCUGUGUGGCGGCUUCGUCGUGGCGCUCCGCCUCAACCACACCAUGUGCGACGCCCACGGCGUCGCCCAGUUCGUGUCCGCGGUGGCCGAGCUCGCGCGCGGCCUCGCUGCGCCGGCCGUUGCGCCCGUGUGGUCCCGGGAGGUCCUGGAAGCGCGCAGCCUACCGGAGCCAGCCGGCGUACUCCAACCCCAUCGCCGCGACCAUGACGUCGUGCCAGUAGUACCGCAGCCACCGCCGCCACCGCCCGGAGACGGCGACAUGGUCGUGCGGACAUUCACCUUCGGCCCGCGCGACGUCGCGGCGAUCAAGAAGCGCCUCCCGCCGCGCCUCCGGGACACGGCCACGAGCUACGAGGCCCUCACGGCGGCCAUCUGGCGUGCACGCACGGCGGCGCUGGAGCUCGCGCCUGGCGAGGAGGUGAGCCUCGUGGUCGUCGCCAACUGCAGGGGCGUGCGUGGCCUGGGGAUCCCCGACGGCUACUACGGCAACGCGGUCGCGUACCCGGUUGCUCGGGCCACCGCGGGGGCGCUGGGGCUGGGCAACGCGGUGGAGCUGGUGCGGGAGGCGAAGGCGGCGGUGACUGCCGAGUACGUGCGGUCGGCGGUGGACCUCCUUGCCCGGCGCCGCGGGUGCCCGCCAGCGCUGGCGACGAUGGCUAACGUCUUCGCCGUGUCGGACAACCGGCACGCCGGGUUCCAUCGUGUUGACUUGGGGUGGGGCGUGCCCGUGUUCGGCGGCGUCGUGACCACCGUGUUUGGGGCAAGCUUCCUUGUUCCCGUUAGCGGCAGCGACGGGAAGGAAGCCGUGGCCGUGCCAAUCGUGCUGCCACGUCCAGCCAUGGAUCGUUUCGCGUCGGAGAUAGAGAUGACACUGACACUGACCUGCCACGCCGCGGUCGGCUCAGCAGCGCCGCCACCACCCCGUGGGAGACUUUGAACUUGCCUUGCCUGCUGCGUUACACGAACGUAACGUCUACGUAGAACGUCCGUGUUAUGCGUUCCAUGUUUACAAUUUGUCCGUGACUAUGCUGAAAAUAGUCAUCUUUGGAUAUAUAGUCAUAAUUAUGUUAAUCCACGCGUGAUAGUGGAACUUAAAC